CUCCCCUCCCCGGCCGUGACUGGACACGGACUCCUGCCCGCCUGCCAUGUGCCGCCCUCCUCUGGGCGGGGAUGCUCUGGGCCAUGUGCUGCUUGGGGUCCAGGAGCCGCGAGCCUCCGCUGCUCCUCGGACUCGUGGGCCCGGGCGCUGGGUGGGGCCGCGGGUGCGCGUCAGGGGCCAGGCUGGGCACCGAGGUCUGCAAAGGGGCGGAGACGACGGGCUUGGGCUCCACGCAGAGGCUGCCAGGGGGCGGCGGUCCACCUGCUACCCGGGUCACCUCGGUGACACCCAUGCCUGCAUCAGGGCAGGCGGACCCACGGCCCUCCACGCCCUCCCUCGCUCGCGUCCUGCCCGGCUGGCCGCUGUUCGCAUCCUCUCGGUAACUCCGUGGGGUCCCGCCCAUUCGGGCGACUGCCCAGGCUGCAGCCCGCCAGCUAACCUCGGCUAUCUUUCCUCACUCAGUUCUUCGCCUCCACAAGCUUCGGCUCUUUUCGUCACCCCUCUUUACUCCUCGUUCCUCUCCGUCACUUUCCGUCGUCUCCGAUUAGGCUCGGCCUGCGGCAUCUUCUCUCAUCUGUGUUGCGCUCUGACAAAUUUCGUGAAUCUUCGUCACUGUCCGUCAGUUUCCGUUACUUUCCGUCAAUUCUCGCCACUUUCCGUCCCUCUCCGUCGCCCUUCAGCUGCGCUUGGCUCUUCUCCGUCGGCCAUCGUCUACUUUCGUCACUCUCCGUCACUCUGCGGCAGCUCCCCACCCCACACUGCAUGGAGAAAGCCUCAGGGAGUUUUCCUACCCUUAGACCUUUUCCGUCACUCUCCGAUCCUGCUGUCUCUUCAGUCCCUGGUUAUUUCUGGUCUGCCCGUGACUCUGUCCUCCUCCCUUCACUCCUGGAAGAGUGGCCUGGUCUCUCCUGAGAGGCCUCUCCCCUCUACCCGGCCUGACUGAUGGUGAUAGUGCCUCGCUCUGUCAUGUAUCACCCAGGCUGGAGUGCAAUGGUGCGAUCUCGGCUCACUGCAACCUCUGCCUCCCAGGUUCAAGCGAUUCUCGCACCUCAGCCUCCUGGUAGCUGGCAUUGUAGCAGGACAAGCCACAGAAAUAUUCCUCAGACACCGGGUUAAAGAAAGAAGGGCUUUCUUCGGCCAGGAGGGUCAGCACCCUUGCGUCUUAAGACCCGAGCUCUCCGAAAAAGGAAUUCCUGGGCCUUUUAAGGGUUUACGACUCUAAGAGGUUCACAUGAAAGGGUCGUGAUAGAUGGAACAAGCGUGGGGAAUGUGACUGGGGGCUACAUGCAUCAGAUAACAGUACAGAAAGUUUUUCAGUGCUUCCUCAUACAGUGUCUGGAAUUUGCAGAUAACACAAAUAGUUUA